UACCCUAUUCUCUGCGCAUGCGCUUCAGGCCGUUGCAGAGCCGGAAGUUGAGCAGUGAUUUAGCCCCACAGACAGCUAGCAGCGGAAAGAUUUAGCGAGUUCACAAAACUUAUUUUUUUAGGCAGAAAAAGUUAUUUUCGAAGGAACCUCGGAACUCACAGUGACCCACUACGGACUCCCGAUGGAUUGUGACCGAUUCUGGUCCUUUAUUUCCCGUGAAGAGGAGCGCUAGCGGCCUUUGAAAGAAGUUGUGAUUGUUUUUUGGCGCUCCAGCAGCGAACGCUAGCUGCUAACUGCUAACGCUUUCUGGACGAACAGAACCGAGCUGCUGGAGAUCCAAAAGGCUCGAACAGAACACAGCUCCUUCUCCGCCAUCCGGUGGUCCAGAAGGCUCGGAUGCUGGAAGUCCCUCCGCUGACUUACGCCGAGCUGCUGUUCCUCCCUGCAGACCCACUAAAGCUCUGAUGAUGGAAGCAGAUCUGCUGGAGGCUGGAUCUAGACAUCAGAUGGUGCUCUGAAGAAGCCAUGGGUAGCUGCUUAAGCUGUCCAGAGAAAGAGUCAGUUCCAGAUAAUCAUCAGAGUAAAUUCAAGGUGAUCAAUGUGGACGACGAUGGGAACGAGCUGGGCUCAGGCGUGAUGGAGCUGACCGAAUCCGAGCUCGUCCUCCACACACAUCGCCGUGACGACGUCAGGUGGCCCUACUUGUGCCUGCGGCGCUACGGCUAUGACUCCAAUCUGUUCUCCUUCGAGAGCGGCCGUCGCUGCCAGACUGGCCAAGGUAUAUUUGCCUUCAAAUGUUCUCGAGCUGAAGAGAUCUUCAACAUGCUGCAGGAGGUGAUGCACAAUCACAGCAUCAGUGUGGUGGAAGAGGCAGUGCUGGAUCCCAACCAGCAGGGGGCGCUCACUCCUGCAGCUCUGGGUUACUCUGUACCUACGGUGCCCAAUGGGGUGAGUCGGCUGCCCUCAGUGGGAGAGACACCGUCUCACCCGUCCACCCGUCACCCAUCUGUAGCCAGCACCCGGCUGCCGUCUGUAGGAGAGGAGUCCACACACCCGCUGCUUGUGGCUGAGGAGGCGGUGCACACCUAUGUGAACACUACGGGGCUCCUGGAGGACCAACCGAGCCCACUCACUGUCGUCACACCCCUGGAGAGCCCCACCUCACCACAGUCUCAGUGUCCUCCAACCCCGCCGCCUCCUCCCAGGGCCGGUGUGGAGCCCGUGCCCCCCAUUCCCCAGCCGGAACCCCAGGUUCUGCUGGAGCCUCAGGGGGUGCGCUUUGUGCUCGGUCCCACCCCUGUUCAGAAGCAGCAGAUGGAGAAAAAGAGGCAACAGGAGCUGCAGGAGGCCGCCGAGCUCCGAGAGACUAAUGGCCCCAUCCCAACCCCUACCCUGGCCGAGCCGCCAACCCCGCACUCCAAUGGGUCCUCCUCCAACCCCACCACGGCUACCCGUCGCCACCGCCCGCCUCCCCUAACCCCCGACUUGCAGAAUGUCAACAACUCAGCCCAGCGGCGCACUGCUCUGUUGGACUAUGAAAACCUUCCAGCACUGCCACCGGUUUGGGAAGCAAGGAAGCCAAGUGCCGAGGAGGAGGAGAGCGCUGACGGCGGUCUGAAAACACCGUCGCUCAAUGGAUACAACCACCACACCACCCACAGCCUGCUGCAGCACUCCUAUUCCCACUCGCUGUCCGCUGUCCUCGAGCCCUCGCACAACUACGUCAACACAGAGAACGUGACUGCGCCACUCAGCGCGCACCGGCCCGACACGGCUCGCCGACGCACCGACGGUCCGACCAUUUUUAACUUCGACUUCCGCCGGCCGCCGCUGCCGGGCCACAUGGAGCCACCUAAAACUCUGAACUACAUUGAGGUGGAAAUGGACAGUGGCGGCGGACACAAGGGUACGUCGGACGGCAGCAACCCCCACACGCCUCGCACCCCCACCUCACCGCUGCCCCCGACCACGCCUACACGGCGUACCGAGAUGUAUGCUCUCAUCGAUAUUGAGCGCACCGCCGCCAUGUCCAGCCUGCAGAAAGCACGGCCGCGAGACGACGGCACGUCUCGCAAGACGAGACACAACAGCACGGAGCUUCCCACUAAGAGUGCCGCAUGACUUUCUGUGGCAGGCACGGAGCCGUGCAUGGACUCCAAUCAGACAGGAGCUGUCCACCUGAGGAGGUGGACUGGUACUAUAGCAGAUGUAAUACCUCUGAUGAUCAUGAUGUAACAGACUGCUUUCAUUAUAUGGUACACGUCAGUAUUACUGAACAAACAUUCCAGUUAUCCUUUUGUACGAGUCACUGUGCUGCUGUAAGAUGACACAUGUACAGUAGAUCUGACAAUAAAUGUCUGCUUUUAUUUGUA